UUGUCUUCAGCAUCCUUUCGAGAGAGCGGCUCGGAGGGUCGCUUCGAGAUGAACUGGGAUUGAAACAGGAGCCAGAACCCGUUAUAAUAACAAUAAUAAUAACAAUUAUAAUAAUAAUCAUCAGGGAUUAGGGUAUCUGUAAUCGUGUAGGAGAGAGAGGGAGACACACACAGAUCAUUCAUCCUGUUUGCGCACCCCGGGCCUUGAGAGAUCGACCCGCGUUUCACACCGCGGCUGAAGAGCGCUAUGAAAGGAGACACUCCUGUGAGCAGCACUAUGAGUAUCGCACAGGCUCGCAAACUGGUGGAGCAACUGAAGAUUGAAGCCAGCAUGUGCAGAAUCAAGGUUUCGAAGGCAGCGGCUGAUCUGAUGGUGUACUGCGACUCUCACGCCUGCGAGGACCCCCUGAUCACCCCCGUCCCCACCUCCGAAAACCCCUUCAGAGAGAAGAAAUUCUACUGUGCGCUGCUGUGAGAGAAUCACACACACACGCACCCCCAUCCCCACCUCCGAAAACCCCUUCAGAGAGAAGAAAUUCUACUGUGCGCUGCUGUGAGAGAAUCACACACACACGCACCCCCCAUCCCCACCUCCGAAAACCCCUUCAGAGAGAAGAAAUUCUACUGUGCGCUGCUGUGAGAGAACCACACACACACGCACGCACACAUACACGCACGCACGCACACACACACACACACACACACACACCCCCGUCCCCACCUCCGAAAACCCCUUCAGAGAGAAGAAAUUCUACUGUGCGCUGCUGUGAGAGAAUCACACACACACACAUACAUGCACGCACGCACACACCCUCACACACACACACACACACACCCCCGUCCCCACCUCCGAAAACCCCUUCAGAGAGAAGAAAUUCUACUGUGCGCUGCUGUGAGAGAAUCACGCACGCACACACACACGCACACACCCCUCACACGCACGCACACACGCACACACACACAGACGUCUCAUUUGAUUUGCAAGUUUGGCAGAAUCAACCCUGACCCGACCUGGUCACUAUCAGAACCAGAGACCAGACCAGACCGCACUCAUCUUUUAAUUAUUUUAAUUAUCAUUUCUAUAUAUUUAAAAUAUACAUAUUGGAUUAUUGCUAUUAUUAUUAUCAUCAUUAUUUUUAUUUUUUUUUUCAAAGCCAAAAAGAUUGUCGAACCUUCCAAGCCAACAGCUUCGUUUUGACCUGCGCAGUCCGAAAGGUGUUCACAGAGCCCAAACACAAACGGACCUGCUGACCCCCCCCCCCCCCCCCCCCCCCCGGCACCGCGUGCCACUGACAGGGGGCGCUAGAGUCCAAAAAUUAGCAGACCUGUCAAGUGCCAAGUUUAGCUGGGACUAGAUUCCUGUGGAAUCGAUUGUGUGAAAUCAGAAACGUGAUCAAUUCAACAGCAAACGUUUCCACUAGAAGUCUCUCUCAGGGUCUUCAGUGUAAAUUCAACGGCAAACGUUUCCACUAGAAGUCUCUCUCAGUGUCUUCAGUGUAAAUUCAAUGGCAAACGUUUCCACUAGAAGUCUCUCUCAGCGUCUUCAGUGUAAAUUCAAUGGCAAACGUUUCCACUAGAAGUCUCUCUCAGCGUCUUCAGUGUAAAUUCAAUGGCAAACGUUUCCACUAGGUCUCUCUCAGCGCCUUCAUUGUAAAUUCAAUGGCAAACGUUUCCACUAGAAGUCUUUCUCAGUGUCUUCAGUGUAAAUUCAAUGGCAAACGUUUCCACUAGAAGUCUCUCUCAGCGUCUUCAGUGUAAAUUCAAUGGCAAACGUUUCCACUAGAAGUCUCUCUCAGCGUCAUUGUAAAUUCAAUGGCAAACGUUUCCACUAGAAGUCUUUCUCAGCGUCUUCAGUGUAAAUUCAAUGGCAAACGUUUCCACUAGAAGUCUCUCUCAGCGUCUUUAGUGUAAAUUCAACAUCUUUUCAAGACACGGAGAAAGACUUCUAGCGGAAACGUUAGCGAUAUAAUUCCGUUUCUUUCAGAGCGUCUAAAUUCAGCACCUGGUGAAUCUUUUACAGUUUUGGAAGAAGUCUGAAUUUUGUUUGUUUGUUUGAAAUGUUUGUAUUUAUUUAUUUUUUGUCAAAUUAAGAGAAAGAUGCCUUCGAUCUCAGAGACUGUAUUUUUUGUUUGAAAAUCACAAAGAUUUGAAAACUUUUAAUUAUUUUUUUUUUUUUCAAGUUUUUACUUUUAAAAAUGAAUGAAAUAUUAAAAACAAAACACACAGACACACAAAC